AUGAAUCCGGAGCAUCAUAAUAUUAACACGGGUGGUGGCCAGCCACCAGGGAAUUCGGAGUCGCAGAGUCGAGUACAAUCUACUCAACAGCAGCAAAGUAAUCUAACUCCUACGACGUCUGCAACUGACCUACGGGUUAAUUCGGCAGCUGUAAACGUUGCUUUGUCUAGCGUCGCCAAAUAUUGGGUGUUUACGAAUUUGUUUCCCGGUCCAAUUCCUCAAGUUUCCGUAUAUGGCUUACCGGCAAAUGCAAGAAUUGAAAAUGGAAAACCAGUUCAGGACCUUGGCCAAGCGCAUGCAAGUAUACUUAACGGAGACCCUAACAUUAUAUUGGGUCAUCACAGUGGACAACCUCAAGUCACGGUUUCGGCAGGGGGCCAACAAAUACCUAUAUCUCAAAUAAUAACAUCACAAUCUGGACAAGGACAUGAAACUCUGGUGGCACACAAUCCACAACAAGAAUUGACGGCACAGCAAACAUCAAGCAAUGCAACACAGGUGUCAGGUGGAAGUCAUCAUCAGCAGGUACCCAAUAAUCGGGUCGAAUUUGUUCAACAUAAUAUUGAUAUGCAACAUCUAUUGCAACAACAGCUAAUGGCAGCUCGCCCCGAACACUCUAAUCAACAGAUACAACUGACUGUAAGUGAAGAUGGAAUUGUCACUGUAGUGGAGCCUGGUGGAGGUAAAAUUAUUGAUAAAGAUGAUCUUCAUGAUACAAUUAAAAUGCCUUCAGAACAUGCUCAUCUCACUGUUCACCAGCUGCAGCAAAUUGUAGGACAUCAUCAGGUGAUAGAUAGUGUUGUUCGCAUAGAACAGGCGACAGGUGAACCAGCUAACAUUCUCGUAACGCAAAACCCUGAUGGUACAACUUCAAUUGAAACUAGCGCUGCAGAUCCAUUGUUGGUCAAAGAUGAGAAAAGCGUUGCUAAAAUUGAAGCCACACAGUUUGCUACUCCAGCUGAUAUAAAAGAUAUCAAAGGAAUUGAUCUAAAGGGCGCUGGCAAUAUGGGCGUUGAGGGUGCAGUUGUAAAGAUAUCAGCCGACCAUGACUUGCACGCAAUGUAUAAAGUCAAUGUAGAGGAUUUGUCGCAAUUACUCGCGUACCAUGAGGUGUUCGGCAAACUUAAUACAGAAGCGCAGCAAACAGGUCAACCACAGCAGGCGCAACAGACCCAACAGAAUAAGCAAGUAUUAUACGAAGUGGAAAUGGAACCAGGCACAAGCACGGCUAUGUCUGAAUCAGAAGCAUCUCCUGGACAUCACUCAUGUGACAUUUGUGGAAAAAUAUUCCAAUUUAGAUAUCAACUUAUCGUUCACAGGCGAUAUCAUGGUGAAAACAAACCAUAUACGUGUCAGGUUUGCGGCAAUGCUUUUUCUAGUCCCACAGAAUUGUCUAAGCAUGGAAAGUGUCAUCUAGCUGGAGACUCGGCAGAACGUCAGGCUAAGCGACUCGCUCAAGACAAGCCGUACGCGUGUACAACUUGCCAGAAGACAUUCUGGCGCAAAGAGCACCUUGACAACCACGCCAGAACGCACACUGGCGAGACCCCAUAUAGAUGUCAAUUCUGUGCGAAAACCUUCACACGUAAAGAGCACAUGGUGAACCACGUACGCAAGCACACUGGUGAAACUCCACAUCGCUGCGAGAUCUGUAAAAAGAGUUUCACGCGCAAGGAGCAUUUCAUGAACCACGUCAUGUGGCAUACCGGUGAAACGCCGCACCAUUGUCAAAUUUGCGGCAAGAAGUAUACUAGGAAGGAGCAUUUAGUGAACCAUAUGCGCUCACAUACUAACGACACGCCGUUCCGAUGCGAACAGUGCGGCAAGUCGUUCACCAGAAAGGAACACUUCACCAAUCACAUUCUGUGGCACUCCGGUGAAACUCCCCAUCGAUGUGACUUCUGUUCCAAGACGUUUACGCGCAAGGAGCAUUUGCUUAACCACGUACGACAACACACAGGAGAAUCCCCUCAUCGUUGCAACUACUGCUCGAAGUCUUUUACUCGACGCGAGCAUCUCGUUAACCAUGUACGGCAGCACACUGGCGAAACUCCCUUCCAAUGUGGAUACUGUCCUAAGGCGUUUACUAGGAAAGAUCAUUUAGUAAACCAUGUGCGGCAACAUACUGGGGAGUCGCCUCAUAAAUGUUCAUUCUGCACGAAGUCAUUUACUCGCAAGGAGCAUCUGACAAACCAUGUACGACAACACACGGGCGAGUCGCCGCAUCGAUGUACCUAUUGUUCUAAGUCAUUUACCAGGAAGGAGCAUCUUACAAAUCAUAUACGACAGCAUACCGGGGAGGCUCCACACAAGUGUACGAUGUGUCCGCGCUCGUUCGUCCGGAGGGAGCACCUUAAAACUCACAUUCGGACGCACACGGGCGAGUCGCCGCAUGCUUGUACUUUCUGUACCAAGACCUUCACCAGGAAAGAACACCUAAAUAAUCAUAUUAGGCAACAUACCGGCGAAACUCCUUUCAAGUGCACAUACUGUACAAAGUCAUUCUCUCGUAAAGAGCACCUUACAAAUCAUAUGCAUCUCCACACGGGUGAGACACCGCAUAAGUGCCCCUUCUGUACUAAGACUUUCUCCAGGAAGGAACAUCUUACUAAUCACGUGAGGAUACACACCGGUGAGUCGCCUCAUCGUUGCGAGUUUUGUAACAAGACGUUCACACGCAAGGAACACCUCACUAAUCACAUGAAGCAACACACUGGUGACUCGCCUCAUUCCUGUAAAGUUUGCUCAAAGGCCUUCACCAGAAAAGAGCAACUCAUCACUCACAUGAGGUCACAUAGUUGUGGGGAAAGACCAUUUAGCUGUGGGGAAUGUGGAAAAUCAUUUCCAUUGAAAGGAAAUCUUCUAUUCCAUGAAAGGUCUCACAAUAAAGGAGCAUCGAAAGUGUUCAAAUGUGAUGUCUGUUCCAAGGAAUUUAUGUGUAAAGGUCAUUUAGUCACGCAUCGGCGUACACACACGGCAACUACAGAAAAUAACCCAAGUGAAGAACAUCUACCAAUAGUAGACAGCUGCAUGACUGAUUGCAGUAAAACUUUCGAUUCGGACCCACUUGAUAUUGACACAAAACCUGAUAUUAGACCACCAUCAGAGAGCAGAGUAACUGAAAAUACAAUUCCUCAACCUCAGGCAACAGUAAUGCAAAUUACUACACAGCAAGUGCGUGCAACAGCCCCCACAAGUGGAGCCAACGUCGCUACUGGCUCGUUUACUUCGUCGCAGCACCACGCCGGAGCAGCCAUAGCUCACCAUUCGGUCGCUGUUAACUAUUAG